AUGGUGGGUUUGGUCAGUAUCGCUGCUGGAAGUGCCAGUGCCAUGAUGACUGCAGGAGCAGUCUCUGUGCUAUGUGAGGCCAUUCCCCAAGGUCUUGCCCUGAUCGUGGCUGUGAGAGGGUGGGAUGAACCCUGUAAUCAACCACUGCAGUUGUGGCUGGCCGUGGUUGGAGCCAUUGGCGUCUCAAUCACCGUGCCGGCUGUGCUGGUCCUAUGUCGUGAGAGGCGCAAGAUUCAGCAGACCAUGGGCAACCAGGAAAUGGUGGCAUAUUUGGUCCGGAAGCAACGGGCCCAGGCAGAUCAACAGGCCUUUGAAGAGAAUGAAAGUUUCGAAAACGAACUGAAGGAGUUCCGCACCGCGCCCUCUUUGUCCGAUUGCUUGAUUCGAUUUGUUCAGUGCCCACUGUUGAUCUGGGAAAUCUUGGGUAUUGUGUGGUACUUGAACAGUUCCAGCGACAACCAGAUUUGCAGCGACAGCCUGCGAAGCUUGGGCUAUCCUCGCGGGAGGACAUUGGGCUCUGUAAAACUGGCAGCCGUCACUGAGGACAUUGGGCUGGCGGCAACUUGGCUGCGGCGAAGCAUUGUGCUCCUGAAGCUCUUCAUGCCCUGUGUCACCUGCUGCUGCGUCAUUGCUUGCGGACUUGGAGCCGGUCUCGCGCACCUGCCAGAGGUAGCUGGUGAAUGGGGCCGGUUCGUUCGAGGAAAGACAUCGGCAAGCCAUGGGUUUUCCCAUGGUGACUGA